CAGGCUGCAGGGUCCACAUCAGACCAGACCAGUAACAGGCUGCAGGGUUCACAUCAGACCAGUAACAGGCUGCAGGGUCCAAAUCAGACCAGACCAGUAACAGGCUGCAGGGUCCACAUCAGACCAGUAACAGGCUGCAGGGUCCACAUCAGACCAGUAACAGGCUGCAGGGUCCACAUCAGACCAGACCAGCACAACAGUUGGGAGCCAGAAGAAAAUAUUCUGGACCCGAGGCUCCUGGCGGCGUUUCACAAGAGAGAACAAGAGCGGGAGCUUCUGUUCCAGAAGAAAGGAAAGAGGCCGAGAGGACGUCCGCGGAAGAUUCUGCCGCCUGAGCCAGCUGCUAUAAAAGACAGCCGCUCCUCGUCCUCUUCUUCCUCUGUUCUUUCAUCAUCGGCCUCCUCGUCUUCCUCAGAGGAUGAAGAGCACACAAAGAAGGCGAAGCCCGGCCCUCGUGUCCACCCGGCCCCCCAGAAGAGGCCUCAGAUCAUGCUGGCCCAAGCAGAUCCUCCACACAAGAAGAAGCGCGGGAGGAAGCCGCUCCACCCCGACCUGAGGGCUUUAAGACAAGCGAAGGGCAGACCGCUGGCGCCGCCGCCACCGCCGCCGCCGCCGCCUCCAACGGCUCCUCCACGUCACCACCAGGUGGUCAGAGCGCCCAGGGAGGAGCCUCGACCCGGGGUGAAGAAACCUCUGCAGCCGGCCAGCUUCACCUACACCGGGCUGAGCAGGAGCUCCAGAGAAGAGGCCGCCUCCGCCUCGCACACCUCCCCCAGCUCCUUCUCCCAGACAGCCGCCUCCAAACCCGGGUCCCUCAGCUGCAUGUGGACCAGUCGCUCCAUGUCUCCGUCCUCCGGCUCCUCCUCCUACAACAAAAGCAGCCCGUCCCCCCAAAGUAAGAACUCUCUGUCCGAGCUGAAGCGCUCCAUCUCAGAAACGGGCAGCAGCAGAGCAGACGGCUUCAAGGCGUCUGCUCUGAAACAGGGUGGAGGUUCGGGGUCGUUGGGUUUACACAGCAGCUUCACGGGAGGCCAGGCGGUCCAGCGCUCCCCGCUGGGCCAGAGGAGGCAGGAGAGCGUCGGAGGUCAGACCGGGGUGGUCCAGCACAAGCAGCACUCCAGCCUUUCCAAACAGUCGUCCUCGCAGACGCCUCGGGACCGAGCCAACCAGGCGCUCAGCCUGCGAGCGCUCAACCUGCAGAGCGUCAGCAAGCCUCCGGCGGGCAGCAGCCUUCAGGGAAACAGCAUGAGCAGCGGCGGCGGAGCCGCGGCGUCCAGGUCCAGCUUAAGGAGUGGCGGCGGCAUUGUUGUGAAAGGAGGAGUGGCGAGUAUGAAAGAGAUUCGAACCUCAGCCGGCGGGCAGCGCUCUGCUGUGGCAGCGGGCGGCGGCGGCGAGCAGGGGAGGUUACGGCAGGACAGGGGGAAGGAAGCAUUGGCAGAGACUAAGAAGCUGGCGGGAAGCGGCUCCGGCCGAGGGAACGGCGGCGGGAGGCACGAGGACAGGAAGCACGGGCUCAGCUCUCAGAACCGGAGUCUGAACGAGCUCAGCACCGGCGACUCCGACGAGACCAGCAGCAGCGAAUCGGAGCACGGCGCCUCCCUGUAUCCAAACAACAGCAGGCCCAGCCUCGGCAACACAGAGUCUGACACGGAAACGGACUGGCGGCCGGCCCGGAGCCUCCUGGAGCACGUGUUCGUCACCGAUGUCACGGCCAACUUCAUCACGGUGACGGUGAAGGAGUCGCCGACCAGCGUGGGAUUCUUUAAUUCACGGAAUCACUGAAGGACGUCAGCGAUGGUGCCUCAGUCUGCAGAGCUGAGCGGACCGGACUGUCUAACCACGCCUCCUACAGCGGCGCUCAGGGUUCCUGCACCGCUCCGAGAUUUCACUCUUUCAGCUCUUUAUAGAAAUGCACAAGUUAGGGAAACUCAUCGCGUCCAAACAGACGAUACAGCUUCUGUGGUUUCAUCAACCCGGCGAUGUUACAUAAAGUAGGAGAAGACAAACACACAGAGGAGUGGGAACCCUGACGUUUAGACGCCGUUUACACCUGACAUUAAAACGCAGUCUGUGUCCGGAGAAGGAAAAGUUCAAGGCCUGUUAGAUUAAACGUCUGCGGUGGAGGACAUGGUGCUGAAUGGACACCAGCGUCCAAGCUUCAGGUCAGAUCGGUCAAAUUGUUCCCCCUUCCAUCUCAAAACAGUGGCGGUAAACGUAUGUUGGUUUGUGGUACUGAACCUAAAAUUUAUACCAGACAUAAAGUCCACGUUGCUCAGAAUAAUCCACAGAUUUGUAGAAAGGAAUAUCUGGCUCUGAGAGAUCUGCCGCCACCUCAAUGUAUGGCCUUUCUUUUUAAAGUGGAAUUUAGUUUGUGGUUGGAGAAAUUUAAAACUGGAAAUCUUUUUUUCCCCUGAAAUACGAUCCAGUUGCUCAGAAAAACCACAGACCUCACCGAGGAUAGCUGGUGGCAUUAAAUUCUAACAUUUUUGAAUGGAGUUUGGUUUGAGGUUGCUCUGUUGAAGGUUCAUUCUUUCCCUUGGAUGCAGAACAAUUUUCACUCACGGUCCACUCACAGCCCUUUUUUUAAAUUCAGAUUUCAACUGCAUGUGAUGGUCACCGUGCUCAGUAGUCGCUAUUUAAAAGCUACUAGUACUUAUUAGGUAUUAGAAUUAUUCCCGUUUUACUAGUAACAACUGAUUAGAUACUAGUACUUCAUUUUUAGUGUCUAAUUGCACGUUUUUCCCAUUAAAAUCUGCGGGGCUCUGCAGUUCAGAUAUCACCUGUAGUGUUAGUUACGAAUAACUAACUGACUAGUUACUAAUAACUAUUUCCAUUUACUUGUAUUAUUUAGAUACUAGUACCUAUUCAGUAUUUACUAGUAACUGUUCCAAAAGAUACUCGUAACUUUUUAAUUCUUACUAGUAAAAUGGAAUAAUUAGUAGUACCUAAAAAUGAAGUACUAGUAUCUAAAUAAUAGAUACUAGUAAAAUGGAAAUAGUUUCUAGUAACUAAUGAACAGGUGAUAUCUGAACUGCCUCGUUGAUUUUAAUGGGAAAAACAUGCAAUUUAGUCACUAGUAACUAAAAAUGAAGUACUAGUAUCUAAUAAAUUUUUAACGGUAGCAUAAAAAUAGUUUCUAGUAAGUAGGGCUGAACGAUUUUGGAAAAUAAUCUAAUUGCGGUUUAAAAGGUGAUUGAUUUUUAAGUUCUUUACCUUCUGUAUUAUUCAUAAUGGAGAAGCAGUAAAUCUGUGCAGUCUGACCAACACAAUAUUAGAUUACACACACCCUGUUCUUUCUUGUAGGUCAGGCCGGUGUUAUGAUGAAAUUAGGUGCUGCAUGAAUUAUUAAUAUGAGCAGUGGUGGAGAAGAAAUAUUAAAUUAUAAUACUAUGAGAAAGAUAAUUUGAGAGUCAAGUCAUGGCAUUAAAUAAUAUGAUAUAACAUCAUCAGGCCGGCCUACAGAGCACAAGAAAAACUAAGUUUGCUCAAUACAAACCCCCACAGUUCAACCACCAAUUAAUGCGUCCUGAUCUCAGGUCAGAUCUCCCAGGAGUCCGUCUUUCUGUGUCCCAGUAAGCAAACAAAAAAUACUCAGUUUGAGGUUGAAUUCAAAAGCUGGCCAACGAAAAUAAAACCAAGUGACGCCUCUUGUGUUUAAUAGAUGAGCUUAGUAAUUCUACUACAAACACCGGAGCUCCCCGCAGCCUGCGAUGCUGGUCAGCAGCUCUGGCUGUAACUCAGGACAGACCACCACGUAACCCGCGGGGGGCGGGUGCUACUUUCAUUCCCUGUGUGACACUAAAGUUUCUGCUUCGUCUGCAGACUGGUUUAACUCUCGCGUGUCAUGUGACCAGAGCGAUAAUAUCGCAGAUGCAAUUAAUCGUUCAGCCCUACUGGUAACUAAUAAAUAAGUACAAGUAGCUGUUAAAUGGCGACUAGUAAGUUUAAGGAGUAAAUGUUACAUCGGCUCGCCACAGUUACCACAUAACUGCUAGUUGAAAGCCCCAAAAAAAUAUAAUAAGAGGACCUUGAGUAAAGUUCCUAAAUGAAAAGUGUUCAGAUUUAGUAGCUGCUAAUAAAAACUUGAUCAAAUCAAGUGACGAAUUGAUUAAUCAUUGCUGCCUGUAGUUCUUGGCUCAGUUUGCGUUUUAUUGGAAGGUGUAAAAACGGGAUUUAAAAGCGACAGAUGGAUGUGCGACUCCACCUCCCCAGUGCCUCAGGUUCUUCCCAGAGACCACCGAGCCCACUGCCACCGUUCAGCAGCUUGUGAUGAUUAGUUUGAGUAGGACGUUUGUGCUUGUCGGACCUGUAUCCAAACUAAAUAUGUGGCUUUAUUCAGGGCAGCAUGUUUAACAAAAUAUUCAAAACAAAACAAAAAAAAAAGAAGUGAAGUUCGUCUGUGAUCACUCAGUUUUCAUCCAUCCGGGUUUUUGUAAUCGUCUUUCAGUUCUCUUUGGACCAAAGGUGUUACGAAUGUGAAUAUUCUUGUUUUUAAUUUGUGUUAUUGACAGUAUUCCUUGCACUACAUACAGUAUAAAUGUAAGCUGAUUUCUUGUCAUCUCAAAAGAGACAUUUCCAUUCUCACCUAUAUUUACCAGUUUUAUACCAUUUUAAUACAUUUGCUGUCACAGUGUCUUUUGGAGUUGAAAAUAUCUGUUAAUUUAUAUUUGUAAAUAUUUUUUUUUCAUGUGAUAUCUGAUAUCUAUCUGGUGCUCACAUUGGCUUACUAGCUUCAGAUACUUGUGCCUCUCUGCCAUUUUGAAGGUAUUUGAAAUAAACCAGAAGUACCUAAAGAUUGAAAA